GAGGAAGCAUCUCUGCGGGGGGCUUGGCGUGAGCUCUGGAGGGCAGAGACCUAUCAAACCCAGUGGUGAACGGUCCUAGAGGGUUGGAUGCCCCGUCAGACUGCGCAUCCCCUCGCGUGAUGCCCCGGAGUUGCCUGUGACCAUGGAGUUGGCCAAGGAGUCGCUCCGGAAGGAGCUGGAGGAGGAGCUGAAGCUCAGCACCGAGGAGCUGCGGAGCCACGCGUGGUACCACGGCUGCCUGCCACGGGAGGAGGCCGAGUCCCUGCUGGGGGAGGACGGGGAUUUCCUGAUCCGGGACUCAGGCUCCAGCCAGGGGGACUACGUGCUGUCGUGCCGCUGGCAGGGCGAGCCCCUGCACUUCAAGAUCAUCCGGGUGGUUCUGCGCCCUCGCCUGGGCUACUCCCGUACCCUCUUCCAGUUCGAGCAGGACCAGUUCGACAACGUGCCGGCCCUGGUGCGCUUCUACGUGGGCAACCGCACGCCCGUCUCGGAGACCUCGGGCGCCGUGGUCUCCCGGCCCGUCAACCGGGAGGUGCCGCUGCGCUGGCUGCAGGAGCGCUACCGGGCCACCGUCCAGCCCCGUGUGGACGGGCAGGAGCCGGCCAAGGGGGACACGGCUCCCCGCAGACUCGGCCUCCACAGGCUCACCGCUGGGGAGAGGGCGACAGAGGGGAACCUGCUCCGAGUGAAAGACAGAAGUGGGAGCCACCCCACCGGGCUGGAUCAGCUGGGCCGGAGACCCUCCCUCUACACGGCGCAGUCAGACAGUAACCUGCGGACAGGCAGCCCGGAAGCUCCAGCCGGCACCCAGGAACGGGGCGAGCUCCCGCCCCCCUCGCCCGUCUUCCGCACUGGCAGCGACCCCGUGCUGCGGCCCACCGCCCCCCGGUGCCUGGACCCCGAGGGGGGUGCAGCCCUGAGCGGCUCGGAGGGGCAGCUGCACUCCAAGGCUCCCCCCAAGCCCCUGCGGGCCCCCUCCAUGCUGGUGGGCGACGCCUCCCAGGAGCAGCUCAACACCUACUGUGAGCUGGUGCCCAAAGCCCCGGCCGGCUUGCGGAGCCACGUGGCUCGGCUGCACACCGAGGAGAAGUGGCGUGGCCGGGCCCGGGCCACGGACACGGCCUUUGGCUUCCUCGAGGACGAGGUGGCGCCGCUCCCCCGGCCGCGCCCCUAUGAGGAGGAGAUGGAGGGCUUUGUGCGCCCCCUACUGGAGACAGCCUCCUCCUUCCAGCCCCACAGCUUCCACUCACUCCUCCUGCCCCCCGACAACAAGCCCCUGGAGCCUGGCGCCCUCAAACGGCUCAAGGACCUUUUCGACUGGCAUGACUGCCGGACCAUGGCCCUGCACAUCCUCUACAUAGACUGUUUGGCUGGCAGGAUCACCGGGGUGCCCAGGGAGCAGCAGCGGGCGAUGGGGGUGAGCUCGGGGCUGGAGCUGAUCACCCUGCCUCACGGGCACCAGCUGCGCCUGGACCUGUUGGAAAGGCACCAUCUCAUUGCCCUGGGCAUCGCUGUGGACAUCCUGGGCUGCACGGGGGCCGUGGCGGAGCGAGCCGCCACCCUGCACAAGAUCAUCCAGCUGGCCGUGGAGCUAAAGGGCUCGGCCGGGGACCUGUUCGCUCUGUCGGCCGUGAUGAAGGGCCUGCAGCUGCCCCAGAUUGCGCGCCUGGAUCAGACGUGGCAGAAGCUGCGGCAGAGCCACACCGAGAGCGCCAUCGCCUUCGAGAAGGACCUCAAGCCCUUCGUGAAACGCCUCCACCGGGGGGAAGGGAACUCCUCCCAAGGAGAGGUCGCCGUCCCGCACCUCCUGCCUCUCAUCAGCCUCAUGGAAGGGGAGCAGCUCUGGGACGACCAUGAGGAGAGCUGCGACCUCCUCCUACGCACGCUGGAGUCCGCCCGCUCCAUCGCCACCAGCGCCGGGGCUUACAAAGCCACCGCAGAGGCUAAGCUCCAAGGCUUCCAAGCCACGCCGGAGCUCCUCGAAGCUUUCCAAACCGAGUUCGCGCUCCGCUUAUUCUGGGGCAGCAAAGGAGCGGCCGCGGACCGGGCCGAGCGCUACAGGAAAUUCGACGCCAUCCUCACGGUGCUGUCCCAGAAACUAGAACCAGCGGGGAAAACGGAGCCCUGAGUUUCCUCCGCCACCACGGCACGGACCACGAACAAUGGCUUGCAGAGCAAAGUCAGCACAGGAUGGAGGAGCGACCACGCCCCGGGGCCUGGAGAUCUCUCCACGAGCCAGUGCCAGGAGCAGGAUGAGGGAAAGGGAACUAGCCCGAGACCGAAAGCCUUCCAGGCCCCACCGCCGCAGAGGACGGGGGAAGACAGAUUUCCGCAGCUUACGCGCGUGCCGUAUUCUGCCAGCCCCCCGUGCCUUGCUGCUGGAGGCGGCUGCUCCGUGUACAGAAGCUUGGGGGAGCGGGAAGGAUUGGUGGACCCAUUGCACCCGCGAGCCUACGGCUUUUUAAAUGCAAAAUGCCACUGCAACUUUAGCUUCCCCCGCCUCUUUGCCAACGUGGGAGGGUGUGAGCUGGUGAAAGGGAGCGGAGGAGCAGGGGGGAUUUCCCCCUGCCAGCAGAGGAGGGGUGCCUGGAGCAAUAAACCGAAGCCUUCCAGCUGGCUUAGAGAAUUGCUGCAAAGGGUAGCGCCUGUCACCGGGGUGGCUGGAGGUUACGUGGGGGAGGUGGCUAGGGGCUGAUUUGCAGCCUGCGGGGGCUGGUGCAGCAGAAGCCCCCUGCCCCCUUCCAAUGACAAUUGGCGACUUAGUGAAAAGUCUCUCUCCGCCCCUGCCCACUUCUCCCCUGAAACGAGCAGGUUUGUGCUGCCCUCAGUGCAUUAGGGGAGCUCCCCUGAGUCGGGGUGGCAGGGGGCUGUUAGCUCUGCCCCAGGGAUGAAGAAUUGCCUAAUGGUUACAGCAGGAGACACCUGGGUUCUGCAGCCACUUCGGGCAGGAAGCAGGCUAGGAGGGGCCGGGCCGGGAUUAGACUAGGAUGGUCGGCUUCUGCUGUCAGCCGCCCUUUAACUAAAGCAUCCUAGUGUCGUCCCCUCCCCCCGGCCCCCGACCUCAGCCCAGGGCAGUGGGGAAGCGAAACCAGACAACGCACCACCGAGGGGAACGGUCCGAGCCAGGCUGUCAUGUUUCCUGCCCCCCCCCGCCCCC